AUGGAUGGACACAUCCUGGUGGGAAGGUAUGGUGGCUCAUCAGGGCAGAGGAACUGCCGCAGCCUUGACAAUGGCCAUGAAGAGGAACAUGCUGCAAACACUCAGGUAUACAAUCCAAAAACACAUGCACAAGCACAAAACAAACACAAGGACAGAAACACAAUGCAAAUGAAAAAAAGGUGCUGCUGCCGGAAGCAAAAACAACUACAUUUACAGCAGGUAUACUGUAAAUAACCAAUGACUGCAUGGACAGAAACACAUGAAACAAGAACACAACUGCAAAUUAAUUAAACCUUUAAAAAAAAGUGCAGAAUUCUUCAAGCUUGAAGGGCAGUUUUUUUCAACAUUUUGCUGUAUGCUUUUUCACUUUCAGUUUGUUUCUGCAGUUUUGUUAGUUUUUUUAACUUUUGUAUGUGUUUUUGAAUUUCAUGUUUGAGCUGUUGCAGCAUGUAUCCCCCACAGUAAUGUGUCCUCUGUGCACAGCCUCUAUAAUAAAACUGUUUUUUAAAAAAUAGAUUUUUUGCAUGUCAUAAGAUUUUAUUUUGUGGUGAAAAAUCUUUCUUGUUUCUGAUACAGUAUGCAAGAAUGUUUGAGAAGAAGAAGCAGGUUGUGUUUGACGGGUGUUGAAUGUUUCACCAAAGUAGAGACAAUGGAGAUGUCUAAAAGUGUAAUGAUUCUGAACCUUCUUGAUGAAGAUGCCUUGCACCUGGGUGGUUUAGAAAAAUAAAAACAAAUUAAUAACAUACUUGUGAUGAAUUGCUCAAGGUCAGAAUUAAUCACAUGCAGCAGGUCUGAAGACAAAACAUCUCCUUCGUAACUUAGACCCAAGGCAUGAGUCAAAAGUUUCAAGUGGUUAAGAGCUCAAUGGUAACAGUUAGGCCUCUAAAGUUGGUAAUCAUAAAUAAUUUAGGUUAAGGCAGUUAUUUAAAUGUUGGUUCGUUAAAGUAGAUUUGUGCCUCAGUGCCUCUGUCACUGUGAAAGCUUGUAUUAUGCUGCUUUCGCUGUUUAAAUAAUGAAAUAAAAAGCUGCCUGAGGGCAGGGGUCGACAAUAAACUGUGUCAUGUAUCAUGUGUCCUGAUUGUUCAGUGUUUUUCUGCUGCAUUUACUCUUUUCAGGCAUCAAUGUACAGCCUGCCGGGGUCGUGUGCUGGAUUUCUGCAUUAUGAUGAUAAUAUGAGGCUUUGGCUGACUCAACCCCCUCACGCAGGCGGAUUGAAUCGGAUGAGCCAGGCUCCACCUGCCCCCCUCCCCCCCACCCCCAAGUUGCCAAGACUGACUGACUGUCUCUACGCCCUGCACACAGCUGUAACAAAUCCCAGCAUGCCUGGCAUGCAUGGUGCACAGCAGCGUGAGGCCAGCACAUUGCCCUCUCGGUUGGGUUGGAAGGAGCACGUUCCAGUGGCAGAGCAUUCCCCUGGCACCUUGAAUGUGGCUGAAGGCCAGAACCAGAACUGGUAUGGUCCCUGA